AUGGCAAACUCACAACCAGAGAGCGAAGGCCCCAGCCUCGCGGAAGACACGAACAUUGGACAAGCAUGGGACUGCCAGGAAGGUCCACGAAGUAUCUUAACCGAGAGUGAAACUUUGCAACCCAGUUUGCAUCGCUUUGAACAGAAUCUCUACGGCUCAGAUAUUGGCAGAAGUUCGCAAUCGUACUGCAGAGAGCCCGAUCCACGCAAUAGCGAUACAAGUAGUCCUUUUCCUGGUUCUGUUAUAUAUAAAGCUGUCGCUGGUAAUGUGAGGAUGAAGCGACCGGUAUAUGGAAAGGAGCUCUGCCUCCUCUCUCUAGAUGGCGGCGGGGUUCGGGGGCUGUCAUCAUUGCACAUUCUGAAGCGACUUAUGGAGUCUAUAAACCCAGAUAAUCCCCCAAAGCCAUGUGAAUAUUUCGACAUGAUUGGAGGCACUUCUACUGGCGGUUUGAUUGCAUUGAUGCUUGGAAGACUUCGCAUGCCGGUAGACGAAGCUAUCGACGCAUACAUUGCGCUCGCUCCCAAAAUAUUUACGAAAGUACAUCAUAGAGUGACCCUGAAAGGACAACUGCAAGGGAGAUUUGAUCACACUGCAAUUAAAGACGGUGUGCGCGAUUUACUAGAUGAGAAUGGCUACGAGCGCGAAGAUCUCCUGAAAGACUUGUCAUCAGAUGGAUGCAAGACCUUUGUGUGUGCCACAAACAAACUUAAUUCAGAAACGACUGUUCUAUCAAGUUAUCCUUCAAGACGCAGAGGUUCAGACCUGCUGAACAUAACUAAAAUUUGGGAAGCUGCGCGUGCAACUGCCGCAGCCUCAUCAUUUUUCGACCCGAUUAGCAUUGGAGGCGUGGAAUUUGUUGAUGGAGCUACCCCUGCGAACAACCCCAUUGGAGAAAUGUGGACGGAGGCCUUCGAUACGUUUAAGGAAGGCGACGAUUGGCGGUUGGAGGAUAAUAUACUCUGUCUUGUUUCUAUUGGUACUGGAAUUCCCACGAUCAAACCUUUCGGCGAUGACCCAAUCAAACUCGGCAAGGCAUUGCUUGCCAUUGCCACAGAUACAGAGAAGAGAGCCGAAGAUUUCCACCGACAUCACUCUCGUAUGGCGCUGGACUAUCGAUACUUCAGAUUCAAUGUUCUUCGUGGACUCGAAAACGUGGGAUUAGAGGAUGCAUCGAAGAAAGAUCAGAUUGUUGCUUGCACUCAGAUGUAUCUUCAAUCCGAGGCCAUUUUUAGUGCUGUAGAGGCUUGUGCAAGCAUGCUAAUAGGACGUGAAAAUCUUCAGCCUGUAAUCGAUGCGGUACGACACAAUGCCGCACAAUCAAUGGCCGAAUUUACCAAUCUCCGAGAAUUACAAGAGGUCCAAGAGGCGCUCAGAUCAGGCUCGAACUCGCUGACGUGGUUCACGAACACCUCGGCAUAUCGAAGAUGGCUCCAAGAAGACGAAGAAAGCAAAUAUAUUUGGUAUCCUAUUACCGACGAUUCAGCCUUGUAUAGACACCAAAAUGUGAUGGCCGCCUUAUGCUAUCAUCUACUGCAGCAAGCUGCCACAGGGGGGCAUCCUACGUACCAAAUCUUCUACGUUCGAUUUUCUGAUACCGAAGCGAUACAGAAGGCAGACUCUACUAUCACAACAACAAUACCCAUGCAGCUGGAAGAUAUCUUCGCGAAGUUGGUCAGCCAAGUACUGGUAACUUAUGACGAUAUAAGGAAAAGCAUCCUCUCUUUUUCAAGACCUUACCGAAGCCUGUUGAGGCAGCUAUUUAAUAAGAGUCAAAGUAUCGGCAAGGAAGACUUGGUAGAUCUCCUUCUGGCUUGUUUGCGCCAGACUGAUAUCGUGGAUGAGAUGCAGGCCAGGAUUCGGAAACCAAAGGUUAUUGUGCUAGAAAAUGCAAAAGAUAUCCUGCAAAUCACUGCGAGCAAGCUUGCAUUUAAAGUUACCCAACUCUCGGGGAAUACCCGUCUAUUAGUGUCUUCCAAGAGUGGAGAUGUAGGGGAGGUCGAGUCAUGGCGCGGUCAUAAAAUUGACGAGAGCACUGAAUGCACUGAAUGCUUAGAAUCCCUUCGGUUUGAAACUAUGUUUGCUCGACGAGAACAGGUAGUCUACGCGGAAUCAGGAACAAAUGAGUGGAUUUGGGCCUAUGGUCCUUAUGUUGAAUGGACCCGUGCAGCCUCGGGUAUACUUUGGAUUCAGGGAAAACCAGGUAGUGGCAAAUCAGUCCUCGCAAAGACUAUCUUGGGUCACCUUACGAGAACGUCCGAUAUUCAACCGUGGAUCAUCGCCGACUGGUUUUAUAACGCGCGAGGAGGAGAACGCAGCACAUCUCAUAUUUCCAUGCUACGUGCUAUCUUGUUUCAGGUUUUGAAGCAAGAUCGAAGUUUCUUCAGAUACUAUCAGGAUGCUUAUCGAAGCUCAAGAUGGCUCGACUGUCUUGCAGACGUUCUUUUACGAAUUGCAGGAGGGGGGUCCGACAUUCCUCCUGUCGCGUGCAUCUUAGAUGCAAUGGAUGAGGCAAUAGAUGGGCCGACGAGUAAAUCUGUUGAUCUCCAUAACUCUCCAAAAACUUUGGAGAACACACUGGAAUUGAUGCAGGAUAUUAUCAAUAUUCCUGGGUCUAGUAUAAAAUUUAUAAUUCUCAGUCGACCCAAUCGCUCCAUUGAAAAGUAUCUCAGGUAUUACCACAAAGUGGUGUUGGAAUACGCCAAUACUAGGGAUAUAGAAAUUGUUGUUGAUGCUGGAUUAAGGUCCUUGCGUAGGGCAAUUGCAGUUUUUGACUCAAGCGAUGAGGAGGGACAGUCGGAACAGAGAAGCAGAAGACAACGGCACAAACCUCCCCGUAGUCAUCUGUCACUAUCAAAGGCGUCCUCAUCAACCCAGAAAUCUAGUUCAAGCCGUAUUUUCAAAAGAUCUCGAGAGUCUGAAGAAGAAGGAAUUUCGACCAUCCGAGAUUACCUUCUGAAAAAUGCUCAGGGUGUUAUUCUGUGGGUUACACUUAUAACCAAAGAUCUGCUACGCCAUGUCGAGAAGGGCAUGUUCACAUUUCAGGAGCUCCAAAAACUACUUGAUGAGCUACCCUUAGAACUUCAUGGAUUGUAUUGUCGGAUCACGCAUGAACUUCGGAUGUCUAGCAGCGAGCUCGACCAAAUUAAGGCCCGAAGGAUCCUUCUCUGGGUUAUUGGAGCAAGCGAAACUAGGUUGCUGGAGCUCCGAGAAUUGCUGGAUGCCCUUGCUAUAAUAUGGAAUCUCGACGAGGCUCUACAAUCUACUAAUGAUCCCAUAUCUUCAAACAGACCUCAAGUUCGGUCUUGGAAUCACUUCCGUCGCUCAAUCCACGAACUCUGUGGACCAUUUAUUGAAGUCAUCAGACCUGCAUCACGCCUUUCCGACGAACUAUUCGAUGACUUUGAGGUAGAACCCACCUUCCUGGUGCAACUUCUUCAUCAAUCAGCGAAAGAUUUUCUCGCCAGUAGCGAUGCCCAAAGCUUCCAGGUUAAGGCAUCAGAAGCCAAGGAUAAGGUGAAGCAAGAUAAGAUCAAAUACAUGAGAGUGGCUCUGCCACAAGUACCGACAGGGUAUAUGCCAAGGGUAGAUGUUGCAGAUACUGAGCUAGCGAUGAAUGUCGAAGAACUAGCACAGUACUUCGAACAAAAGUUGCUACUCCAGUAUGUCCUCGCGACCCUACCGCGCGAGGUCCGCCGAAAGCAUGUACUUCAAUUCCAAGAAAGCUCAGCAACGGCGAGCCGGCCAUCCCUAAUGGCAUUUUUUGCCAGAACCUUUCUUGGAGAUAUAGAUGUCGUAAAAUCAGCCGAGAACAACAUUGUCGGAACUUACUUCCGGGUUGCGGUCAAAACCGGACUAGUCACUGCGAUUAAGAAUAUGCUUGCUAUUACUUCUACUGCGGAGUGGUGGUUGGGUUUUUAUCAACAUAUAGUUGAGAACGCCGCUCUUUUGGCUGCUGUUGACCAUGGACUGCUUGAUGAGGUACAGAAUUUACUCCAUAGCCAUCCGAGUGGAGGACCUUUUCUACACGCCAAUGCUUCACUUCUGGAUCGUGCGGCUCAAACGGGAGUGAAAGAAAUAGCUAUGUACAUUUACGAUAAAGCUUUUUGCGGCCCAGUCUCCCCUGACAACGGAAUUCUAGAUAGAAAUUCUUUCUUAGCGGAUGUCCAAAAAGCGAAGAAUGCUUCAACAGGAAUGACGGUUGACAUUGAGGAAAUUCGGGAAGCUAUUCAUGCAAUCAUGGUCCGAUAG